AUGAUAACGCAGCAGCAGCUGACGCUGGAGCAGCUGCAGCAGCAGCAGCAGCUGCUGCAGCAGCACCAGCAGCUAGGCAUUGGCCCGGACGGCAGGCCGCUGCAGCAGCCCACUCACGCCGAGAGGGCGCAGCAAAUGCUGCAGCAAGUUCAAAGCCAAAUGUCCACUUUGUGGGCAAGCAAAGACAAGAAGAGACCUGUCUACAGCGAACAAUUCAUCCAGGAGAUCCGCCGGCGGCUGGACGCCUACUUCGGGCUGGUGCUGCACAAUGUCAGGGACACAGUGCCAAAGAAGAUUGGCUUUUUCUUGGUUCGGCAGCUGCAGGACAAGUUGCAGUUUGAGCUUUACAACAAACUGAACGACGAGCAGCUCUUUUCGUCGCUACUGGGGGAGCCCUCGCACAUUGUGGAGGAAAGGCGCGCGCUGACGUCUCAGCUGAACACCUUGAAGAAGGCAGCGGCGGUGCUGCAGCGGGACCCGCAAAUUGCAGCCCUUAACUUUGACACCAUUGACGCCAUGUUUGACUCGGACCUGCGGGAGCUGCAGCGGGCAGCACCCAAGCAGCAGCAGCAGCAGCAGCUGGGCGUUUCGCUGACUUCUGGAGGCCCGCAGCAGCGGCUGCCCGCGCAGCAGCAGCAGCAAGCUCGCCAGCAGCAGCAGCAGCAGCAGCAACUUAUGAGGCAGCAGCCGGGAACAAGCAGACUUUCCAACGGGCCGCCGCCUCCCCCUGCCCAAGUCCAGGCCGGGGCGGGGCUGCCCCCUAGCAGCAGCCUGAUGCUGUCUUCGCAGCAGCCGCCUGCGCCUGCUGCUCUAGCCCAGGACGGAAGAGGCGCACCGAAUGCACGCCACCUCUUCGAACGUCCAGUGAUGUUUCAGACUGCGUCAAACCCUUUGUUCAACGACUAG